AUGUCGGGCGAAAAGCCGGAGGCGCAGGAGCCCAUGCGCGAGGAGCACGAAAAGGUCGACAGCAACGGCGACGACAUCUCUUCCGACAAGGAACAGGAGGAUGCCGACCGCAGCGCCUCCAUGCCCAACCCCACGGACGAGCACCAGAAGAUCAAGGAGAAGCUGGGCAAUGAAGACAAGUACGAAAUCAGCGAGGAUGACUGCUACGACGAGCUGGGCUUCAGCUGGUCCUCGGCGAAGAAGUGGUAUGUCUUGACCAUCAUCUUCAUCGUCCAGGUGUCGAUGAACUUCAACACCUCGCUCUACUCCAACGCCAUCGGCGGCAUCAGCGAAGAGUUCGGCGUCAGCGAACAGGGUGCGCGAUGUGGUGCCAUGAUCUUCCUCGUGACCUACGCAUUCGGCUGUGAGCUGUGGGCGCCCUGGUCUGAAGAGUUUGGCCGAUGGCCCAUCCUCCAGCUCUCGCUCUUCCUCGUCAACGUCUGGCAGCUACCCGUUGCGUUGGCUCCCAAUUUCGCCUCCAUCAUGGUUGGCCGUGCCCUCGGUGGUCUCAGCACGGCUGGCGGAUCCGUCACGCUGGGCAUGAUCGCCGACUUGUGGGAGUCGGAGAAUCAGCAGUACGCCGUUGCGUUCGUCGUCUUUAGCAGUGUCGGCGGCAGUAUCCUCGGGCCAAUCGUCGGUGGUUUCAGCGAGCAGUACCUGGGCUGGAGAUGGUCGAUCUGGAUCCAACUCAUCUUCGGUGGCGCCAUCCAACUCGUCCACUUCUUCACCGUCCCCGAGACCCGCACCACCAUCAUGAUGAACAAGAUCGCGAAGAAGCGGAGAAAGGAGGGCAACCCCAAUAUCUGGGGCCCGGACGAGCUGGUCCCGUUCAAGGAUCGCUUCUCCGUCCGCGAGAUCCUCAUCACCUGGAUCCGACCCUUCCGCAUGUUCGUCACGGAGCCCAUCGUCCUCGUCUUGUCCCUCCUCUCGGGUUUCUCCGACGCCCUCAUCUUCAUGUUCAUCCAGUCGUUCGUGCUGGUGUACGAGCAGUGGGGAUUCGACGCCGUGCAAGUUGGCUUGUCCUUCAUCUCCAUCGGUGUCGGCUACGUCCUCGCUUGGGUUCUGUUCAUUCCAGCAUUCAAGAGGAACAAGAGGCAGCGAGAGGAAAACCCAGAAGACGAGAAAGCUCAAUACGAGUCCCGCUUGUGGUUUUUGCUGUACACCGCGCCUUGCCUGCCCAUUGGAUUGAUCGGCUUCGCAUGGACGAUUCAGGGCCCACCCAUCCCAUGGAUCGCCUCGAUGAUCUUCGCCGCCAUCGUGGGUAUUGCAAACUACGCCAUCUACAUGGCCACGAUCGACUACAUGAUAACGGCAUAUGGCCCAUACUCCGCCUCCGCUACCGGUGGCAACGGCUGGGCUCGUGACUUCUUGGCUGGCGUCUUGACGGUGCCGGCAACUCCAUUCUUCGAGAACAUCGGAACAGCGUCGGGCAACAACUUGGAAUACGCCUGUACCAUCCUCGCCUGCAUUGCCUUCGUGCUCGUCCUGGCUGUGUACGUCAUCUACUGGAAAGGACCUGUACUCCGCAAGCGCUCGCCGUUCGCGCAGCAGCUGGCUUCUGCUCGUGCGGAUGUAGGAGGUCGUCGGGUUAGCGCCCUGCCGGACGCCUAUGGUUCUCGUCGUGGCAGCGUCGCACAAGGCUACGGUAUGAGAGCCGGCAGUACCGCCGGUCGAGGCAGUGUCGCCGGUCAAGGUCGCUCGUACAGCCAGCAGAGAGUGUAG